AUGGUCCUCGACCGCGAGAGCCUCUGCCACCUCAUCGGGUUCAACAGCUGGACUGCGGUUCAAGGUUGGGUCCACGCGGUGGCUUCAGACUCCUACACGGAGUUGAUGGAGGACUACCUUCGUCCUUUUGAGAACGCCGGCCAGAGGAACCCCCCCGGCAACAAUUACAUCAAGGACUUCUUCGUCGCCAAUGCCGCCGAUUUCGAGCAUUGGAUCAGCCUGCGCGUCUCAGAGCUCGAGCGCGGCGUCACCGGGCCCAGGCCCAACAAGACAGGCUGGAGCACCAGACAGCACUACGAGUUGUUCAUGGUGAAUGCUCUGGCCGAGGACCGCCUCUCCACCCGCCAGAACCCAGACGACUCCGACCAUCUCGCGACCAAGGGUUUCGCGGCCGUGCCGGCAAUGCUCAUCGCCAACAUGUACGAGCUGACCGAUGCCCUUUGCCACAACUACUGGAAGCCCGCAAGCGACGAGUGGGACUCCGACGACUCCGACGUCCCGUACGUCGACGAGGAUGAUCUUCCAUUCCAGGGAAUGGUGGCGUGA